AUGAAGCUCGCCACCACCGUCUUUACGCUCCUCCUUGGCGGCGGGGUCAGCGCGCACCAGACGGUGUUUUCCGACCUGGACACAUGGGCCGACAAGCAGGCGAGCGCGGCAUGUGCGUGCCUGCUCACGCCCGAGCAGAUGGAGGGGCCGUUCUACCUCGACUAUGCGCUGAAGCGGGCCCACAUCACCGAAAGCCAGCCGGGGGUGCCCGUCCACCUCACGCUGCGCGUCUUUGACGUAUCGGACGGGUGUGCGCCGCUCGCGGGCGCCUGGGUCGAUAUCUGGUCUGCCGAUGCGGCGGGUGUCUACUCGGGCUAUGGCGCAGAGGCCGAGGAAGGACACAGCAGGCGUGACUGGAACCUCGUCGAUAUGGUCGUCCCCGGGCCUGGAGAUGGACGCCGCCCGCCCCCCGGAGGUCCUCCUCCCCCCGGUGGUCCUCCCGCCGGUGGCCAUGGCCCUCCAGUCGUGAACAACGCGACCUUCCUCCGUGGCGUGCAAGAGACUGACAGCGAGGGUGCAGUAACGUUUUACACUCUCUAUCCCGGAUGGUAUCCGGGCCGGACCAACCACAUCCACCUCAAGGUACACGCCCCGCUGUGGGGCCAGGAUGAGAAGGGCCACAACACGACGCACGGGCAGACGACGCAGCUGUACUUUCCCGACGCGGCCAACGACAAGCUCGCCCUCGUCCCGCCGUACAGCGACAACACGGUGCGCCGCACGCCCAACGAGCGCGACGGGCUGUAUCGCCAGAUGAAGGGUCUCAACGUCCUCAACGUGACGUUUGUGGGCGACGUGGCUGUCGACGGCCAUGUAUCGGCCGCGAUCGACCUCGGUAUCGACCGCUGGUGGUAG